CUUCCCCAGUACGAGAGUGCUCUGAUCUAGGACCGCCUGUUUAGGAUCAUGAAGUCACUGGUGGUUUUCGUUACGGGUGUGCUAGCAGUGGCGUUGGCCGCUACUCCUCCCAACCCGCCUAACUUAGCGGUGAAGGAAGAAAGCGGAAAAUGCGUGUGGUCUAUCGCUACACCCAAGCCUACAGCCGGCUGCUCUGUGACCAAGAUGCCAGGAGAGGUCAUGAAGGAACUGACCAUGGCCAUUCCCGUUGAGGCCACCAGACAGGCCAAGAUGACCACUCAACUGCCUCUGGACAAAGCCAGCAUCCAAAAUAGAAUCACCAUGACACAGGUGGAACGCCUGACGUUGGAGUCACAACUCACCGUCAUUGAAAACCAACUGAAGACAGUGGAGGCGGAAAGCCAGGACCUGAAGAAGAGACUUGAUGGUGACCCAGCUGAUCCCAAGAAAGUCGGAAUAACAAAGGCCAUUCAAAACUACAAAGCAUUGAUGGAAAAGUUGGCCGCAGCCACAGACAAACUUCUGAAAGCCUAGGAUCGCCAUUGGUCCACCGAGAUCCGUCUGAAGCUUAGAGUCGCGCCAUUGUCUUUGUGGUAUCUCAUAGUAUAAACAUCUAAUAAAAGUGCGAAAUGGUUCAGAUUCUGGCUUAGACCAAUGUUUUUACUUGAACUUGAAAUAAAAGUUCGCAAUCCCAC